AUGGCGACUAGAUUCAUCAAUGUUAUUCGCUCCUUCUCCAUGUCUCUGACUGGGGGGAGGGAGCGUUCUGGUCCACAGGUCUGUCGUCUUCUAGCAUGCGGCCCAAAAGAUAUAACUCAGGCGCUCAAGCAGACCUUCGAGACACAAAUCCAGAGGAAGUCGGCGUCUCUGGACACCCUCAGCAUGAACAGACUUCAGGGCCUAGCAGCUGGGUUGAGCCGACUCACCGUGAGCAUGAGUGACGCUUUCAUCCUAGUCUUCUACAUGGACGAUGAAGAAUGUUUCCAGACCAUAUCAGCGUUCAGAGAACGUAUAAUUGAGUUGAAGGGAGAGGACGUGCCAUUGCUAGUUGUUGGCUACAACCGCGCCACAUCCGCUCCGCGCAUCAUGGGCCCAGAGACCGCAGACUGCCUUGUCACUAUCGAAUGGGGACUGAACUACAAGGAGGCUUCGUAUGGCCAACCGGGUGAUCUAGAACAGGUGAUUGAGGAGAUGUUGAACAUUGUCAGAGAUAAGAAGUCAUCGAAAACGGCAAUUGACCGCAGAAUGACAACGUUUUGA